AUGGAGCCCCUGCCCGAGCUCUAUGCCAUCUUCCAGGGAGAGGUUGCUACAGUGACUGAAUAUGGGGCAUUUAUAAAAAUUCCAGGCUGCAGGAAGCAAGGCCUUGUCCACAGGACUCACAUGUCCUCCUGCCACGUGGACAAACCCUCGGAGAUCGUGGAUGUUGGAGACAAAGUGUGGGUGAAGCUCAUUGGGAAAGAGAUGAAAGAUGACAAGCUGAAGCUUUCCCUCUCCAUGAAGGUUGUGAACCAAGGCACAGGAAAAGACCUCGAUCCAAACAAUGUUUCCCUUGAUCAGGAUGAGAGGAAGAAACGUACCUUCAGAGACUACACAAGUCAGAAGAUCACUCUUGAAGCUGUCCUGAACACUGUGUGCAAGAAAUGUGGGUGCAAAGGUCAUUUUACCAAGGAGUGUUUUAUGCAGCCUGGAGGUACCAAAUACAGCCUCAUUCCAGAGGAGGAGGAAGAAGAGGUGACAGCAGCAGGAUGUGAAAGAGAUAAAAAGACCAGCGGGGCUGAUGAUUCUUCAAAAAAAAGGAAAAAGAAGAAGAAAAAGAAGCACAAGAACAAGCAGUCCUCAGAGUCAGACUCGGACAGCUCGGACUCGGAGAGCGAUGGAGCUCAGCCAGCCAGCAAGAGGACCAAGCAAUCUGGGAAGCCCAGCAAGACUCAGAAGAAGAAGAAGAAAAAGAAGCACAAGAAGAAGCCCCGGGACUGA